AUGAAACUGAACAGCCAAGGAGAUGACACGAAGGGGACCGACGUCCUAUGGGAGUCCCUUUAUAAUGACUUCAACGAAAUUACAAAAACGAACAAGAGACACUGUAACUACAUCGAAAAUAGUCUUUAUAAUUUUUGCAAAGGGGUGAGUUCACCAGAUAACUUAAGUUCCAAUUUGAAGAAUAGAUCGAAUGAGUGGCUCCUUCUUAACCAUUCGAAAGGUACUACAGGAGCGGUGCCUGCUGUAGGAGAGGAUAAUAAGAGAAGCAGAGAUAGUCCAAAGGGGAGAGAAGCAGGAGUAGGAAGUUCCAGAUGGAGUAACCUUGCCAUCCAGGCAUACUUAAACAAAAACGACAAGCAGGAAGAAGAGGAACAGUUUGCCAACAAGAAUAAUGACCCAGAGGGUGUUAAUCACCCGAUGCUACAGGAUGAUCAGAAAAGUGAUCGCUUAUGGAGACGACAUUCUUCAUUCCAACCUGGUAGUGACUAUUACGAUGGACAGUACGUGAGGAAUAAAUUUCUCGAUGUUGACAUCGAUUAUUUGAAGAAUGAAACGUACAUCAGUUGCAACGAUGUUGUGAAUAGCGAAAAGACAAGACAUUCCGAGUUUCAGAAUAAUAACAGCGGGAAUGCGCUUCUGCGGGAGGAGAAGAGGAGCGCGAGCGGUGAGAAUCGCGGGGUGGGCACUCAGGUUGGAGGGGAGCUUAGUUCUCAGCUUAGUGGGCACGUGGGUGCCCAGUUUGACGCUCCCUUCCGCAAGGGCAGCAUGUUCAAUCUGAUGAAAUACAACGCGGCUCUGAAGGGCCUCGGAAUCGAUGGAGGCAUGAGCUUACACAACGGAAGCAGCAUCGGUAGUAGCAGCCACACACAUAAGGAUGUGAACAAAGGAGUGAGUGCUUUCUUCACUUCUGAUCAGCAGCAUUAUGAGAAUGUUAAAUCGGGAAGGUUGCACUUAACUGACCCAAAGGGGCUGUUUUCCAAAAGGGAGGAUUAUACCUACUUGCUGAGCAACAAGAAAAUUUACGACAAUGUGUCAGUAGGGGGGAGGGAGAUGGAGAGAGGACACACCGGUGACCUUCUAGGGUUCGCCCCCCUUGAUAGCCACAGGGGGGAAAGUGGAAACGGCGCCAGAAGUGCCUUGGGAAGUGGAAGCGCAAGCAACCGUCUCUUUCACAAUAUGAACAAGUACAGAAAUUUCACAGUAAAAUCGGAUGAAAGCCUGACUUGCCCGAGCUUCAGCUAUCAUCGUGCCGCCCUGGAGGGAGGCCUCAUAGGAGGAAACAAUACCAAGGCUGACAUGCAGAAACUCGGCGCAGAUGGUGCGAAUGACGAGUAUCACUAUGACGAACGUGGUAGUGCCCACAUGGGUAGCACCAAUCAGAGGCGUCACGAAGGCAAUCGCACCAGCUGCAACUCGCUGGAGAAACUGGACCAGCUUCUGAAAAGCAAGUGCAGAUAUGUGAGCAACAGCAGGUUGAGUGAACUUGAUUCUUUAUUCAAAAAAAAAAACAAAGCAAACAGUGAACAUUUGAGAAAAUCCUUCAUAAGUUGCGAUAAUUACAAAAUUGACUCUGUUGUGUCCGAGACCUUGAAUAGAAACACCGAAAUGGAUAAGAGCGAGUCCCCCCCGUCCGAGCAAAUGGACGAAGUUAACCAUAACCAACUUAUACGUCGAUCCAAGCGGCUAAAUGAAAUAAGUAGAAAAUGCCUCAGUGGGUACUCCGAUGUGGAUCCAUACGACCUGAACGAGUUGUACGAACGAAUAGAUAAGAGAAAACAUGGAACGAGCGUUGCAGGAAGAAGUUACAGCAAUGUGUUGGACGAGGGGGAGUGCGGAUCCGUUCUGUCUGCGCAGAGGGUAAUUGGGAAGGAAGCGGCGCUUGGUAAGAAUUACGGCCUUGCGUAUAAUUACGCGAAUGGGGAAUUGGAGGAGGUGCUGUGCAAUUAUGUCGGCAUCAUCCGAGGAAACAGUGAGGGGAAAGACUCAAAGGGGAAGACGGCUGAGGAGCAAAAUAGCAAAAGUGUGAGUAAGCUGUUUGAAGCAUACGACAAGGACAAAAUUUCCGACGUGAAUGCCCCCGUGGUGAGUACCGUGGCGAGAGACAAUCCAGAAGUAAACUCAUCUCACGGGAAUAGGAAAAUGAAUAAGAAGAGCAACCCGGGGCAUAGCGAUGAUGUAGUCGGAAGUGCCACCCGUAAAAAAGGAGGCCACAGCAGCGGGUCCUUCUGCAGCAACGGGCAACCAAAUGAAGAACGCCACUUUGGUAAAAACGAAACGGAUGGAAGGGUACCAAAUGUGGGGUUAAAUCUACCCAUUUGUGAUAAUUACGAUGCGCAGAAAGGAACACAAGGGAAGAAGAAGAAAAAAAAAAACAAAAGUACUUUAGGCAGUCUGGCGGAGAAUUCAGAGGAGUUAUUACCCCCAGGUGGUGACUCGAAAGGUGACCAAGAGGGCAGCAGUCCCAACGCGGGAUUCAAACUGGCGAGUAUAAAAUUUCCUGGCGAUGAAGAGGAGGAGGACUCUCCUUUCGGUGGUGACGCCAACAAGAGUGCAACUGACAAGGAUGAGCUCCACGGGAAGGUAAAAAACGACGUUUAUAGUUACGAGGUAGAAGAGGAGGAAGAACAACUAGGCGGUAAUAACAAGAUACCUCCUCAUGGUGAGGACAACAUAACUGAGGACGUCGAAAGGGGAUCCCAUCCGAAGGGAGGAGACGCCCCGGAAAGAGACAACAACAGUGUAAUCACGAGCAGUUCCAGUGCGCGCAAUUUUAUUAAACAUCCAGAUUUUGAAAAAAUGUAUUACAAUCAGAAGAAGGAGAAAGUUCCGUACGCAGAGGAAAGGAAAAUAAGUGAUUCUCAACAGAAGGCUCUCGAGCAAUGCUACGACAACAUUAACCAUGCCAAUGAUGUGAAGAGACUCUUUCGCGAAAAAAAUUUCCUUCAAGAUUUAUGUGAAAAGAGAAAGGUCAUUAUACAGAAGAGCAAAAUUGAAAACACCAAAUUGAACGUUGAGAUUAAGUCACUACUGAGCUUUAACAACAAUUUGAGUUACGCAUUGAAGGAGAAGGAGGCGGAAAUUAAAAUGCUAAAAAAGCAGAAGGAAGAACUUGAAAUGAAUUUAAUGAAACGAAUAAACAAUAACGGAAGUACUCAGUAUUCCCUCCUGAGCAACUUCACGUCUUUUCCUACGCUUUGCAGAAAUGAGAGAUCGAGUGGGGUGCAGAGUGAUAGCGGCGCGUGCCACCUGCUGCGCAACAGGAGCAGCUGCACCAUUUUGAAUAACAUCGCCGAUGCGAGUGCCAGCGUCAGCAGUGGCGGCGGUAAUCAAUCCGCCCUCAUACAGAGCUACGAGGAAAAGAUCCAGGAGCUUCUCGUGCAGGUGAAGAUGUACCAGACUAAGAAUAGCGACUUGCAGGAGCAGUUGCGCAUUUUUAUGAACGAGUAG